UCUCACGCAUGUUCACAUUCGAAGUACCCAAUCGCGCAAGCGCGACAGGACAAAAGGAACCUGUUUAGAAAGGAGACAUUAGGAAAGCUCCUUGCAUUGUCUCCAGCGCUUCCUCCAAGAAUUAGACCGGACUGAUCACCACAGAAGCGUAGAGUCUUGAGCUAAAUAUUAACACGUGCAGUGUGUUUUGAUUACAUAAAUCGAGUGAGAAGAGAGACGUCACACAGAAGGCUCGCCAUAGGAAUAUUUUAUGAAUGGAAUUAUGGCUUCAAGAACAGGAACUAUCAUAUGUUUGUUCAGGAACGACCUGAGAUUGCACGACAAUGAGGCGCUGUCCUGGGCUGUGAAGAAUGGCACACAUGUUUUGCCCUUGUACUGCUUCGACCCUCGUCACUACAGGGGCACCUACCACUUCAACCUCCCCAAGACUGGAGCCCACAGACUCAAAUUCCUCCUGGAGAGUGUUGCAGAUCUCAGACAGUCCCUGCAGAGUAGGGGGAGUAACCUUAUGGUUCGAGUAGGCAAGCCCGAGGAAGUAGUUCCACAGCUGAUAGACAGUAUCGGUAAAACAUUGGUGCAAGGGCUGGUCUACCAAGGGGAGGUGACAGAGGAAGAGUUGACAGUUGAACAAGGCUUGGACAAAAAAUGUGGGGUCAAAGUUCAUACAGUUUGGGGCCAUACUCUACAUCAUAAAGAAGACGUACCAUUCAACCCUAAAAAUGUUCCAGAUGUGUACACACAGUUCAGGAAAAGAGUUGAAGACCAGGCCCCAGUCAGAUCCAUCAUCCCUACCCCGCACAUGUUGAAACCUCUCCCCCCAGGGAUCGAAGAGGGCACGAUCCCUACCCCAUGUGAUCUUGGGGUUGAAGAAUCAACAAAAGACCCAAGGACGGCAUUUCCCUUUGCUGGAGGGGAGACAACUGGUGUGGCAAGGCUACAGAACUACUUGUGGGAGACGGACAAUGUGUCCCAGUACAAGGAGACAAGGAACGGUAUGAUCGGAGCCGACUUCUCCACAAAGUUUUCACCAUGGCUGGCCCAUGGAUGUGUCUCCCCUCGCUUUAUCCACUCGGAGAUCAAGAAGUAUGAGGCAAAGAGGACAGCCAACCAGUCAACGUAUUGGGUGAUAUUUGAACUGCUGUGGAGGGACUACUUCAGAUUUGUGGCUCUCAAAUACGGAAACAAGAUCUUUUUCAGUGGAGGCAUAGUGGGGAAGAACAUACCAUGGAAGAGAGACAUGAGGCAGUUUGAAGCUUGGAAAAGAGGCACUACUGGUGUUCCAUACAUCGAUGCCAACAUGCGAGAGCUGCUGGCUACUGGAUUUAUGUCCAACAGGGGCAGACAGAAUGUUGCAAGUUUUUUGACAAAGGAUCUGAAACUGGACUGGAGACUGGGUGCGGAGUGGUUCGAAUCUAUGCUGAUAGACCAUGAUGUAUGCAGCAACUAUGGCAACUGGUUGUACAGUGCCGGUAUUGGUAAUGACCCUCGUCAGGAUCGCAAAUUCAACAUCGUCAAACAGGGCCUGGAUUAUGAUGCUCAGGGUGACUAUGUCCGCCUGUGGGUGCCAGAGCUGUCGAAGGUGAUGGGGGGUGAGGUACACACUGUCUGGGCCCUCAGUAACACAGUUCUGUCUCAUGCCGAGGUUUCACUGGGAGAAACAUACCCCAAACCUCUCCUUGUUGCACCGGAAUGGGGCAGACACAGUGCCAAGUCGCGUGGCGGUACUCGGGGAAGGGGAGACAAGCCACGACAGAAUCGAGGGAUUGACUUCUACUUUAAGAACAGCUGAAGCAAGUCACAGAAGCAGUUGCCUGGAUAUUGGGAAAGCUAUCCAGCUUUAGUCUGUCCACUCAGGGAAGAUUGGUCAUUUACUGAAGAUGGAGAUAUUUGCCAUGUCAGUCACGGACAAGAAAGACAGGGACAAAUUCAUGCCCAUUUGUUUUAUGUUGAAAUCCAUUUUUGUAUUUUCAACAGUAGCGGAGAUGCAGAGAUCUGAAACACCAUUAUGUUAAUUGUAGUGAAUUGUACUUCAUUUUUUUAAAUUAAAGUGUAAAUACCUUAA